UAAUUUGCGGGUGAUUCAAUCUCAACCGGAAAAAUUAUCGAAGGAAUCUAGAGGUUCGGAAGUUCAACCUCAAAUGCAUUCGCCAACUUCCUUUUCCUUUAUAAUAUCAACGUUGGACUAUGUUGCCACCAUUUUCAACGAAUGGUUUUAGUCCCGUGUUGGAAAUUACAGGAACAGUUGCGACUAAUACCUCUGGUGUUAGUCGCUUAACCGUUUCUCGUAUCACCAGUGCAAAGGGAAACAAAACAGACAGGUUACCAAGAAAUGUUGGUGGUAACGCAGAGGAUUGGCAUACGAGUGACAGUGGUUACAAAUGGUCCCCGAAAUGCGACUUCCCAGGCAAUGAUAUCGGCAAAGUACUUCUCAGCGACGGUACUAAACAACAGUGUGGAAAACUUUGCAUUGCCAAUCCAGAAUGUACCCAGUUUGUCUAUGGUUAUGAGGAUUAUUGCUACAUGAAAAAAUCAGCGAUAACGACUUCUCGUUACAACCUUCCCGAUCACCCUACUGCACUAUGCGGAUUCAUUCCGUGGAGAGAUUCUUCCGAGAACGUGAGAGACGACUGGAAUACUACCGUAGAAGACGAAGCUACUUGUCGUUUUUAUGGCAACAAAAGUGUGAUAUUCACAACGCCAUGUCGCAAAGCCAAAGAUUGUGGUAUAUGGUACGACAGCGUUGCAAUGACUCCGGGCACCAAAACCUGCAAACUAAUUGACGGAGAGCGAGGCUCUUGUUGUCCGGAUCUUCCCCAAAAACAGAAAUUUCCCAAAGAAAGUCAGCGGCUGACCAUGAUUCCUUCUAAAUGGGAAGAAAUUAUCGAUGCUAAUACGACACUUACGAUCACGUGUGUCUAUGCGUUUGAGGAUGAAUUUCAACAGAAAAAUUUCGCUAUUUCAUGGGAAUUUCCAGAUUACCUUUUCAGAAAUGCAGAGCUCACGGACGUGGAACGCCGUCUACGUAAGACAUUUGACAGAAAUAUGACCCAUAUGACAUCGUCCAUAACUUUGGCGAAUACGAAAAUCUUUGACACCGGCUACUUUGGGUGUAAGGGCAUUCCCUAUGGGCACGGACAAACGGGAAUAGUACAGAAGUACGUUUUUGUUUAUGAUGGUAUCGAGCUAGUCACCAUUGCAAAGAAUGAAUUCUAUUUUACUAUUCCACACGGUCAAAUAGAUUUUGAAAUUUCAUGCAGGCCAACCCAUCCUGAUGUUAAAGUUUCUUUGAUUCACAGGCAUCAGUAUACUGCUCGAGGCGAAAACUGGCUCGAACCCAAAGUUAACCUUUUAGAAGAUCCUAAUGCCAAUUGGUCCUUUGAACCGAAAGUUGGAUUGAAGCUUAAGAAAGCCACUAUUGAUGAUACUGGUCAUUAUGAAUGUAGUGGAAAGAUAAACAAUAAGGAACAUUCGAGGAAUUUUUAUGUGGAGGUACUAGGAAUGGAGUUAACAAAAUUUGUUGGUGAAGACGACCCAUUGAUAGGGAGUAAUGUUACGUUAGUUUGCCGUAUUUACUACAAUACCAACAUUGCUAAACGUCCAGCGUGGGCCUACCAGAUCGGAACUAAGGAAGCGAUGCAACUUAUUAAUGAAACUGAUCCUCCUAAAGGCAUCAAAAUCAAGAUGGAUCGUUUCGAUUACGAGGAAAGGACACUUUACGAAAGUCGUUUAGAGUUUGUGGUUGCUGCACCGAGCAGCUACGUCUUUCAAUGCCGGGCAAAUGAGAUCCGCACCAUUUCUUUCCGUGUCAAAGAAUCAAUUAACAACAAUCAGACGUUUAUCCGGCUGCAAAAUGGAAUAUCGCAAAAUUUGACGUGUGUUGGAACGUUGACAGAAGAAACCUUUCAAUGGUUUAAGGAUGGGAAACUCUAUUCUGGCUUGUUACGCGUAGAAGCUAAUUCUUCAAUUUUGCUACUUGAAGGAAAGAGAGAAGAAAUCGGUACGUACACCUGUAGACAGACAAACCAAUUGUUAUCACGAAGAUCCGAACGAAGUUUUAUUGUAUCCUACGACGAUGUGAGAAGGGACACGAUCGUUAUUGCAGUCUCGGUAGCAUUAGCAGUUUUAUUUGUGGUCGGAUUUGCCACCUGUGUUAAACUUUACGUAUAUAGGAAAAAAAUGAGAACUGCUGGUGCUUUUAACAGACUUCUUAACGGAAAUGUUGAUCAAUUAAAUACCCAGUCACCAAUCGAAGAGCAAGUUGAAUUCCUCCCCUAUGAUAAACGGUGGGAAUUUCCGAGGAACCGCCUAAAACUUGGAGUUGUGCUAGGAACUGGAUGCUUCGGCCGAAUUCUCAAAGCCGAGGCUAUAGGAAUCAAAGACACUGAUGAAACUGUGAAAACAGUGGCCGUCAAAAUGGUUAAAUCGGAUACAAAUGUCGCUGCAAUGGAAGCCCUCAUUGGCGAAUUGAAAAUUCUUGCAUGUCUGGGGUCUCACCUCAACGUUGUAAAUUUAUUGGGGGCCUGCACUAAGCGAAUAGAUAAAGGUGAUUUAUUGGUAAUCGUCGAAUACUGCCGAUUUGGCAAUUUACAAACUUACCUGAUCAAGCAUAGAAACUCAUUUAUCAAUCAAGUAGACGAAUUUGGUAAUUUAAAAACGGAUGGCGAAUUAGAUAAUAAUGAUACCAUGAGUACACACACAGACAAUAUUGUAGUGGAUUACAAUGAACCUCAGUCAAACACAUCCUUCCAGAUGAAUUCGUCCACCGAAUUUUUGAACGGAUCCGCUUUCAACAUUUCAUGUGAACCAAAUAGCGCAAUUGCCAAAUCGACAGCUGAUCCAGAAGACUCCAAACCUUUUUGGCAAUACCAGCAAGAUCCUUCUGCAACUUCGGAUGGGUCCAUGUCAACACGAGACUUAAUCUCUUGGGCUUUCCAAAUAACUCGAGGAAUGGACUACUUAGUUAGUAAAAAGGUUCUCCAUGGUGAUCUUGCCGCUCGUAACAUUCUGCUCGCCGAUGACGGAGUUGCCAAGGUGGCUGAUUUCGGCAUGUCUAGAAAGCUGUAUUAUGAUGAAAACUAUGAGAAAAAAGGGCAGGGGCUGAUGCCAGUCAAAUGGAUGGCUAUUGAAUCUCUGACUGAUCGCAUCUUUUCCAGCCAAUCUGAUGUGUGGUCAUACGGCGUUCUUCUUUGGGAAAUGUUUUCCCUUGGCAAGAUCCCAUAUCCAGGCAUGGAUGUUGCUCACAUACUUCUUAAGGAAAUUCUUCGAGGAUAUCGCAUGGAUAAGCCAAAUUUUGCGCCAAAUUUCAUUGCCGAUAUAAUGGCCAACUGUUGGAACAUGGAGCCGAAAGGAAGGCCAACGUUUAAUCAAAUGGAAGAAAUCAUUUGUAAUCACAUGGAGUCAGUCGUCAGCUCUAGUUACCUUAAUAUGAAUGAACCGUACGUAAAACUUAAUGAAGAAAGAAACAACGGAAAGCCUGCGGAUCUUUAUGGUCUUGCAAAGAUGUUAAAAGAAAAAGCCUGUUCACCGCCAACAGAAAAUGCCAAACGAUACUGGAACUUUCCUGUGCGAUUCUCCACAAUCUCCAACAAUGAUGAAUAAUUUCUCUUCAAGGAUUUCCCUUCGAAAAGAGUUUUCUUAUCAAUAAUGUUUUCGUCCCGCAUAGCGACGUCUGAUGAAAAAGCUUUCUUCACCCGCCAAACGUAAAAAGUUUUAUUUGUGUGCUUACCAACGAAGCUCCUGGAAGAUAUUACGUGGACAAAUCACAUUUUGCUCUCUGUUUUGCUUCGGAUGUAAUAGGUAUUUGUUUAAACGAAUAGCCAAAAGAGCUCAACAUUUUCGUUA